AUGGUUGCUCGAACAGCUCGUGAAAUACUUCGAUGGCUUGAAGGUCUUUAUCUAACAUAUCCUGUUAUUAUACCAAAAUGGGAUCUAUCAAAUGGUUAUACUUAUGCAGAAAUUUUGCAUGCCUAUUUUCCUAAAGAUAUAAAUAUGUUUGCUUUCAUUAAUGGUCGUUCGUUGAAUGCUCGAUUACUUAAUUGGACACUUAUUAAACAAUUCAUAGCAAAGAAAAAUCUUCCUAUUUCAAUUCAACUUAUUGAUGCAACUUUACAUGGAAAAGAUGGUGGAGCAGAAGGAUUACUUGAACAAACUUAUCAAUUAUUAACAAAUAAAAAGCCAUUUAUUGAUUCACCAUAUGAACGUGAUGAGAGUUUUUCGGAUCAUCCAUAUCAACAAAACUUGAGUUAUUAUGAACAAGCACAUGCAUCAAAAUCAAUUAAAAAUAAUUUAAAAAUUUCAGAAUUGUUUACUGAUCCAUCUUAUGCUUAUCAAGCCAAAAGAAGUCAAGCAAUUCUUGAUCAAGCUCGAGCUGAUCGUCAAGCUAUGCGUACAGCAAAUCCUAGACGAUUUCGUGUAAAACCAACAUUAGCUGAACGAUGUUUACGACAACCUCUUCAACCUGACUCCAAUGCUCAAGAUUGGUAUUUGAAAUCAUUUGAUUUACGUUCACGUUCAGUUACUUCAAUAACUAAUAAAAGUAGUAGUGUAAAACAUCAAUCACGACAUACAUCGGCUAAUGUACCAAAAAGAAGAUCUCCAUCACAACAACGUAGUGAUCAAGAACAAAUUGAAGCAAAUGAAGAUAAUGCAUUAUAUAAAGAAAUUAUUUUGAGACAACAUGCUGUACCAUUAGGAGAUCUAUUACAACCAAUUGAAUCUUAA